UCACGGAGCGCGCGGUGCCCGGCGCUGCCCGGAGCCGCCCGCCCGGUGCCCGGCGCUGCCCCUGUGCCCGCCUGCCCGCCUGCCCGCGCUGCCCCGGUGCCCGCCUGCCCGCCUGCCCGCGCUGCCCGGCGCUGGCCGUUCUGCCCGGCGCUGCCCGCGCUGCCCGGCGCUGACCGUUCUGCCCGGCGCUGACCUCCCUGCCCAGCACUGCCCGCGCUGCCCGGCGCGGACCGCCCUGCCCGGCACUGCCCGCCCUGCCCGCGCCCCGCGGACCCCCCGAGUUGCGCGAGGAGAAGUUGCGCGGCGCGGGGGUCGGCGGGCGCGCGCGGGGCGAUGCCGGGCACCCCGGGGCGCCCGACGUGAGCCGGGUCCCGGGCCAUGCGCGGGCCGGCGUGAGCGGCGCCUGGGGCCGAGGCCGGGCGGCGCGGGGAUGCGGGCGCCGGGCCGCCGCGCGCGCUGGCUGUGCUGGUGGUGGGGGCUGCUGUGCGGCUGCUGCGGGCCCCCCGCGCUGCCCGGCGCGCUGGCCGCCGCGGGGGGCGCGCUGCCCGCUUCGCCGCCCGCCGCCCCCGGCCUCCCGGCGCGGCGCCUGCGGACGCACGAGAAGCGCGAGAUGCAGCGGGAGAUCCUGGCGGUGCUGGGGCUCCCGCACCGGCCGCCCGCGCCCCCGCGCCCCGGGCCGCUGCCGUCCGCGCCGCGCUUCAUGCUCGACCUGUACCGCAGCCUGGCGGCCGCCGACGGCGCCGAGCGCACAAGGGCCCCGGCGGGCGCGCACGACCGCGCCUCCCUGCAGGACGCCGACCUGGUCAUGAGCUUCGUCAACCUGGUGGAGCACGACGAGGACCCGUCCCCACGCCCACGCCACCACAGGGCCUUCAAGUUCAACCUGUCCCAGAUCCCCGAGGGCGAGGCCGUGACGGCCGCCGGGUUCCGCAUCUACAAGGACUGCGUGGCCGGCGGCUUCGAGAACCAGAGCUUCGUGGUCAGCGUCUACCAGGUCCUGCAGCCGCAGCCGCACAGGGAGCCCGGCCUGUUCCUGCUGGACAGCCGCCCGGUGUGGGCCUCUGAGGAGGGCUGGCUGGAGUUUGACGUCACGGCCACGGGCAACCUGUGGGUGGUGGCCCCCCAGCACAACCUGGGGCUGCAGCUGGGCGUGGCCACGCAGGACGGCCUGGGCGUCCACCCGCGCGCGGCCGGCCUGGUGGGCAGGGCCGGCCCCUACGACAAGCAGCCCUUCCUGGUGGCCUUCUUCAAAGUGAGCGAGAGUCGCGUGCGCACGGCCCGCUCCGCACCCCGCCGGCGCCCGCACCCCCGCACCCGCUCGGGCGCCGCCCAGGACGCGCCCCGGGCCAGCAGCUUGGCAGAUCCCGGCAGCAGCGAGCUGAAGGCGGCCUGCAGGAGGCACGAGCUGUACGUCAGCUUCCAGGACCUGGGCUGGCAGGACUGGAUCAUCGCGCCCAAGGGCUACGCCGCCAACUACUGCGACGGGGAGUGCUCCUUCCCGCUCAACGCACACAUGAACGCCACCAACCACGCCAUCGUGCAGACGCUGGUGCACCUGAUGAACCCCCAGUACGUGCCCAAGCCCUGCUGCGCGCCCACCAAGCUCAACGCCAUCUCCGUCCUGUACUUCGACGACAGCUCCAAUGUCAUCCUGAAGAAGUACCGCAACAUGGUGGUGCGGGCGUGCGGCUGCCACUAGGACCCCCCGCCCGGGCUGGGGCCCCCCGCGGCCCACCCGAGCCCUGAUGGGUCGGGACGCCCAGGGCGGUGACACGGGGUCUCUCGGCCCCAGAGAUGACGCCCUCGGCCCCCACCCUGGGGAUUUCCCGGGUGUGUGGGGGGGCGUGCCCAGGCACUCGGGGGCGGCUCUGGGAGGCCCGGGACCCCCCCCACCCCCCGCCGACCUGCGGGCUGGGGCGCAGGGCAGAGCUGAGAGGACGGGCACCGCCCACGAACCCAAACCUGUUUUUCUUGUAGAAACACAGCUGAAAUGGUCGACUA